GUGACUGAUGAUGGGCGGACCGGCGGCCGCCGUGAUGCUGUGCGUUACACACAGGUUCUCACAGAUGAACUAGUCCGACAGGUUCGGUCAGGAUGCGCGUUUAACUCACUUUCUCUCAGGGCGAUGUAGGGAAGUUAACAUGAAGACGCUCGUGUGUGUAGCGCUGCUGCUGCAGCUCUGCGUGUUCGCAGCAGCGGCGGGUUCGGGCGAUGCCUCCGCGGACGCGUCCCUGUCAGCCGCGCCGGGCCGCCUCGUCUUACUUCCGUGUAACACCACCGGCGGCGCCACGCCGUCUCUAACGGCGUGGACGAAGAACGGGCGUGAGGUGAUCCGAAGCGGGGGCUCCACCCCGGGGACCCCCGGGGGCUCCAGCGCCGCGGACCCGCAGCGCCUCACGGUGCUGGAGAGCGGCAGCCUGCGCAUCGCGGCGGCGGCGCCUGGGGACGAGGGCUCCUACCUGUGCAACGCCACGUUACCUGGCGGCGCCGUGGUCCAGGCACGCGUCCAGCUUCAAGUGACCAGUGGUCCAGAAAACGUCUCCACGUCCAUCGGUCCUGCCAUCACUCUGCCCAACGGCACGCUGGCCGCCGUGCGCGGGUCCAGCGUGCACCUGAACUGCUCCGGCUCCUCGUACCCGUCCCAGCAGCUGACCUGGGCCUUCAGGGGCGCCGCCUACAGCAACGAGUCUCUGGCUUCGACGUCUGGACCCAGGCUGCUGUGGAGGAUAGACAACAUCGAGCCCGGUUCUCAGGGAGUGUACAGCUGCGUGGCCAAGAAUCCUGUGUCAAAUGAGACCGUCAUUCAGAGCACGGAGCUGCUGGUUUACUACGUCCCAGAGCGUCCUGCCAAGUGUCUGGGUGUGGAACCUGUGGACCUCUCGCAGCUGCAGCUCAACUGCACCUGGGCCGGAGCGUACCCCACCCCGAGGCUGCGCUGGGAGGCCGACCGAGUCUUAAAGGCGGCGCCCACGGAGCAGCUGCUGCUGAACCUGACCCGCUCCCAGCUGCUGCACGGGCCUACACUCAGGUGCAUGGCUGAGCAUCCGGCCCUGGCUCCAGGGAAGGAGCAGCUGUGUUCACUCACCCUCAAAGCCUCGGACCGACACCCCGACUGCUUCUGGGAGAGAGCCUGGGGCCCGGCUCAGGCCCAGGUCACCUGCAGCUGGUUGGGCUUGUAUCCUCCACCACAGCUGCGCUGGGAGGGAGGCCUCACACAGCAGGUGGCCGCCUGGAAAGUGUUAGCGCUGACGAACAACCUGACGGUGACGCUGAACCAGUCGCAGCUGGGCCUCAGGGAGAGGGUGACGUGCACGGCCAGGCACAUCCUGAGCCCAGAGGAGAGGUCCUGUUCACUGAACAUCACGGCUCCGUACCCUCGAGGCGACCCCAUCGCCGCGGCCGUGGAGGCGUCGAGCGUGACUCUGACCUGCACCGAGGCCACGUCCAGCCCUCCCGCAAACACCACGUGGAGGAUCGGCGUCAAGCAGGAGGAAGUGACGCCCGGGUCCAAGUACGUGGUGUCGGCUGAGGGGGCGGACGUCAAGCUGACCAUCCUCAACGUCACCAUGGAGGACGCCGGCUUCUACUUCUGCCGCAGCGAGAACGCCGUGGGCGUCGUGGCGCUGGAGGUCCACCUCACCGUGAAGGCUUCCUCUGUGAACACGGGCGCCAUCAUCGGGACCUUCAUAGCCCUGCUCAUCAUCGUGGCCACCUUCGUCUUGGCCAAAACCUUCUACUCCCAGCGGCACCAAAUCUGCCUGGGAGGUGGCUUUGGACAACUGAGCGACGGAGGGGACGUGUUGAAUCUGGUGGAUUCAGACGACGAGCAGAUGUUUCAGGACUCGGUUCCUCAGCUGCCGCCGGUAACAAACGGGGGUCCCACAACACUGGUCCAGAUACACAGGAUGCCAUUGAGUGAUCACGAGGAUUCAGAAGCAGCAGACACAAGUCCACAGCAGCUGGAAGACACGGCAGAAGCAGAAGAGCCAGUAGAUCUUGUAUCAUAUUAGGUGUUGGUGUUUUACAUAAGCUCCCAGUGAGAAUGUGACAAGAUGUGAAAAAAUACCCCUUUUAUUGUUGUAUUUUUAAAAAAAUCAGGGUUUAGACAUUUUGUACAUCUGUUAGAUUUUUUUGUACAGUGUUUUGAAUGUGUGACUUUAAUGGAGUAAAAACAGCUGUUUCAACACUGUGA